AUGUGGACACCUCUUCCUCCUCCCACACCUCCAAGCGCUGCCCGCACUAACGUAGCUCCAACCAGUGGAGGAGAUGGUGAAGAUCUGGGACUGCUGGGACUCAUUCAGCAAUCUCUAAAAAAUGCGCAGGCCAUCAAGCAAGGAGGUCCUCAAGGGAAGCAGGCUGCUGCCGCGGCUGCUGGACAGAUCUCUGCAGCAAGUUCACAGGCUUUGAUCUCAAUAAUAUAG